AUGGGUGCGCGCGUCGCUUCACUGCAGGGGAAUAUUGACUUCUUACAAAAGCAGCAUAGAGAAACUCUGGAGAAAUUACACGGGCAAAUAGAUCGUUUAAAACGGGAAAAUAAAGGAAGUCAACAACACGAGGAGUUGCAGUAUAAGCUGAUAAUGGACCUUCCAAAGUCGAGUAGUAAAGGAUCCAGCCGUAGAAUCUGUAAGCACCAUACAGAGAGCAACAAGUUCCAGAGAGACAGAAGGAACUAUUUGGAACAGACUUUGGAGGAAACCUGCUCACAACAAGCCAGAGAGAUUAGCAGUCAUUUACAAAGUAGAGAAACCAGAUCCAAUUCCUUCACAGCCAACAGAACGGAAGGUCCUCCAGAAGCUAAAGCAGGGUUCAUCACUUCUCUACAGCCUCUAAUGAUCCAGUGUAGCCCCUCUCAGGUUCCUCGACCUCCCUCCCUACAGGAAUGUGAAGUCAUCAUACGCCAGCUAUACAACGCUAACAGCCUGCAGUCCCAGGAGAUCCUACGCGUGAAAGCUGUUCUCAAAGACAUUGUAUUCAACAAGAAAAUAACAGCAGAAAAUUACAUUUUGACAAAGGCUUAUCUUGGCGAUGGUAAAAGGUAAUUUCUGUAUUGUCAGAAAGCCUGACAAGACAAUGUCACCAUUCUACCAUUUCCUUAGACACACACACACACAC